ACAAAAAAAAAAAAGGUUGCAUUAAGAGACAAAUGGUAAAGACGAAUUAAAUUAGCAGAGCAAGCAGUCAAGCUUAUCUUCCUCUAAGAAUUGAUGGGAAAAAGGAGCAAUUUACUGACACCCCGAGCGUAGUGGUUGAGUAUUGAUUGGUUGUCAGUUCAUCAAACAAACAUUUAAUUCGGGUUUUUUAGCUGCGAUUUCUGCCCUUUAUCUCUCUAUACUCGAGCGACAGAAUUUGUUCUUCCUAUUUUAUCAUUUACUUUUAGGCGGAAUUUAUUGAAAUUGUGGUGUGCUGUUAGGCGGGUGGGGAAAAUAUGUGAAAUAGAUGCUGAAUUGUGAAGGUAGAGGAGAUGGGAAGGGAUAUGUCAUUCUUAUUGCAGCCCAGGAGUCUUCUGAUCUUGGUUGUGGCUUUAGUUCUCAUCUUUUUCGCUUUCUCCUUCCCUCAACAGGAAGAAGAGAAGGUGGAAGAGGUGCAUGAAAUUACUCACAGAGUCUUUUUGGAUGUUGACAUAGAUAAACAACACGUAGGAAGAAUUGUUAUUGGAUUGUAUGGCCAAGUUGUACCAAAAACAGCAGAAAAUUUCAGGGCUUUGUGCACAGGGAAAAAGGGCAAGGCUGCCAAAGGAAAAGCUCUCCGUUAUAAGGGAACACCAUUUCAUCGUAUUAUACCUGGAUUUAUGAUUCAAGGUGGAGAUAUUAUCUAUGGUAAUGGGAGGGGAAAUGCAUCUAUUUACGGAAGCACCUUUCCUGAUGAAAAUUUCAAGAUAAAACAUUCACAUGCAGGUAUUGUUUCGAUGGUGAAUUCAGGACCUGAUUCCAAUGGAUCACAAUUCUUUAUCACCACAGUCAAGACGUACUGGUUGGACGGAGAGCACGUUGCUUUUGGAAAAGUUAUUGAAGGCAUGGACACUGUUUUUGCGAUAGAGGGUGGAGCAGGCACCUACAGUGGGAAACCCAGGAAGAAAGUAAUUAUUGUGGAUUCUGGAGAGAUACCUAAGAGCCGGUGGGAUGAGGACAACAGCAAUGCAGCCACUAGUAUGUCGGGAUGACAACCGGCAGGAAGUUUUGGAUCGUAAAACUGACAUAUUCGGCAUAGAUUGUUUUACAGACAUUUUUAGUGUUUUGUAUCAUGUUCAUUAGACUAUACUGCCAACUUUAUAAUACAACAGCUUUUGUUUCUUCCCGGGAGCAAUUUUAGUUGGUUUCUCUGGACU